AAACCUUGCCGUUAAUAUUACAUGUUGUAGCCGUAGCCCAUAAAUAUAUAGAUAAAUAAGUAGAAAACUAUUCUAUUGAUUAAAAAACUAUUUCUACGAUAAGUAACUUUUAUUAAAAUGGAAUGUUCAAUUAUUGCCUAGCCAAAAUAGAUUAAUGCAUUUUUCUUACAAGCAAUAAUAAAACUUUUGAGUGAUUUGAAUUGUACAGCACCCUUGGCAAACAAGGUCAAAAUAAUGUAAUAAUCUCCAUGCAGCUUUUUAAGAAAAAUAUAGGCUCCAGAUGUAUGGAUAAUUCAUAGUUACGACGGUUUCACAAUGUCAGAAAAAUCAGGAAAGAUAACCACUAGGUUUCAUCCUAGUCAUGGACACAAUAUCAUACUUUGGGACGAUAAUACGGUAGCCUUUCGAAAAGCCAGUUUUGCAGACGCACUGACAUUCAGUGAAAAGCCCCUGCAACCAGGUGAAAUUUUCUUACUGGAAAUUGAAAAAGACGAAAGAGGAUGGAGCGGUCACAUGAGAUUGGGUUUGACGCAAAUGGAUAUCACGAUGGUAGAUAAAGAAGGUUUGCCACAGUGGGCUGUACCAAACUUGGUUAAAACGGGCAAUAGCUGGAUAUUUGCAAUUACCAAGAGUCGUAGUAUUUGGGAUAGUUUUGAAGGCAUCGCUGGAUCUGCAUAUGGUGACGGAAUUCCAGCAAGGGAAAAGAAGCUCAUCACUGAUGGUGUGAAUGUACAUACUUCUCGCGGGAUCAUUCCCUACAGCGCCCUUAGGCCAAAUAUUGUUGGGUACUCACAAAAUAUCCUACCAACAGAUACGGGAAGUCGAAUCGGUGUCAUGUAUGUGCCACAGGCUGGUUCAGACAAAGCAGAAAUGCACUUUAUCAUCAACGGUGAAGAUCAAGGAGUUUGCCAAAAAGAUAUCCCGUAUAAGGCUGGACCUUUGCAUGCGGUAGUAGAUGUUUAUGGUACGACGAAGCAAGUUAGGAUAGUACAACUGUAUGGUAUAUCCACACUACAAGGUGCGUGUCGUGACGCUAUACUUCAGUAUACUCAGAGAACUGCGGUGAAUUAUCUUCCUCUACCGAAAACGCUAAAAGACUACUUGCUGUAUAAAUCAUAAUGAAUGGCUACACUACAGACUGCAGCACUAUAGUUUCAACAACAAAAUCACAAUUUUAACUAAAAAACUAUCUAUUUUCAUUUGUCAAGGUUUUCAUUCAUCUUUUAAUCAUGAUUUAAAUUUAAUUUUUUUUUAACUUUACUAUCGUAACUAAAUUGGUUCAUACAAAUCAGCAAAGCAUAUUGUACUUUACUUCAAAGUUUUGUCGGUCUAGAUAUAUUGUAAAUAUUUUGUACGUAAGAUCGCAAACUUCAUUUCUUGUGAUUAGCAUCAAUGUUAUAAAUUAAUGAAUGAAUUUAAUUUUUUUUUAAU